AUGCCUAUGGUGCAGCUGCAGCGAAGAGCAAGGACUGCGGUCCGCGCGGCUACGAAAGCCGCGUGUCAGCCGCCACGUGGAGUAGCGAGAAGAUCGCGCGAAGACUUUGCUACUUUGCAAGAAUUCAAGGAGUACGUACGGCCUUUGAGCUUUACUUCCACCAGAGAGUUUAGGAAGUGGAGCGCCUCACGCGAGCGUCCGCCUUUCAUCCCUUCCGCACCGGGUAGAUUUUACAGGCGAGAAGGAUGGAUUAGCUUCAUGGACGGGCUUGGAUACGAGUGGCCCUCCCGAUCAGCGGCUUCCAUUCAAAUCGCGCAGCAACCAAUCCUCAACGUGCAAUGCCGAAAUGCCCAGAACGCCAUUGACUGGGUGCAGCGUGCCAUAGCUGGUCUUAGCGAAGAUGGAUACGAAAUUUUGCAACUUCCGCGAUUUGGUCGUGCGAGCAUUCUUUUGCGUUCUCGCAGCAGAAACGCAGGUAGUAGCAAACCUGACAACGAGCUCUGUGAUUCAGACACAACAAGUCCGGUCAACAGCAAUCGAACCGCCGUUGCUGGUGCAGAUGGCGUAUCGGCUGAAAACACGACAUCAACGGAUGGCACAGAGGCUGCUGACCAAUGGUGGGCUCUUCGCGUGAAGAGUGCAGCCUCUAAACGGAAAGCUGUUGGCGACAGGUACGUUUUCUGCUUUGCCGGUGGGAUCGACCCGGACGUCGGCGUUGUGACAUCGAGUCCUCAGCAUGAAGAAAUCAAUUUUUUGCACCCCUGUGAACUGGCUCCUAACUACAAGGGGAAGUCUUGUUUUUGGAUUUAUUCAUCCGAUUUGCAGUCCGUACGAGAGCUGCGCGAGCUUGACCAGGCUGACAGUAAGCUGUCUUCGCUUCUUAAGAGACUACCAACAAAGUCGUUUCAGGAGUGGCUCUCGUAUCUCCCCUCAGGAUCCGCUAACGAGCUGCGGGAGUGCUUGACGCGCCAAUUGGUGUCACAGCUGGUGACACCAGCAGAACUCACCUUUGAGCACGCGUUUAAAUACUCGGAUGUGCACAAUGCGGUCUUAGGAGGGCAACGCGUUCUGCUGAGGUGUUCCCGCAUCGACGAGGGUAGCGGUAAGGCUAAGGUCGUCUUCGACCGUCGGCGUCACGAAGGAGUGAAAAGUAAAGGUCGAGUGAAGCGUUUGUCUGUACCGUUCGACGAAUCAGACGAUAUCGAUUUCUUCACCGUGAUGCUUUAUCGCGGCAAGGCCGAAGAGUUCGGUGCGGCGACGGAAGGUAUCCUUUCAGGCGUUUUCGUCUUCCCCAAAGCUUUUCUUCGAGACGCGAAAAUCCUCUCAGUACAAUUCAGAGGCGGGCGGUAUGGUCUCGGACUCUAUCCUCCUGGAUGUGCAACCCCAUCCGAAACCCGCAGAGAGAGCGCGCGCAAGCAGCAACAGUACUAUUUCCCUGUUGCAGACCUCCAGCAACUCCGGUCUUCGUCUCUCUGUCAAGAUGACCAAGAUGAAUCACAGCAACAACAGAACGCGCUGUCAUUUCCGUUACACAAGGACACAAUUGACCGAUUCAAAACACUUCUAAUGACGUGCGCGGGCGUUGCAGAUAACAUCAACAACCAAUCUGCUCGAGAGUCUGAGACUGACUCGGCUCAAUCAC